AUGCUGCAACUCUUGCUUUGCCAGGCGAACCGAAGCUUGCUCACAGCUGGGCAGACGAUGCUCUCAACGACGGCGCUGAUUAUGCUAGCCCUCUUCAUCUUUGGCUGUGUGGCGGUGGAGCUCAUCACUCACGACAAUGACUUGAACAACCUCGACGAGACGCGCGACAUCAUCUUCAGACAUUUCCCCAACUUGUUUACAUCCAUCUUGACGUUGCUGCAGUUCGUGACCUUGGAUUCCAUCGCGGCGGUCUACUACCCGUUGAUUGUGCACAAGCCCUUGCUGAUUAUAUACUUCGUUCCCAUCAUGGUGAUCGUGUCGAUCGGCCUCAUGAACCUCGUAACUGCUGUGCUAGUCGAAAACGCGCUCGAGAAUGCCGCCGCGGAGGCAGAGGCGGAGCGCUUGAACUUGAAGAAGAAGAUCAAGGAGGCGUUGCCGAUGCUCCUCACGAAGUUCGAAGAUCUGGACGAGGACGGCAGUGGAUACAUUUCCCGGGAUGAGAUCGAAGGCGUGCCUCUCAGCGUGCUUCCGCCGAAGCUCCUGGAGAACGUGUCCAUAGACAGCAUGGUUGACCUCUUCGAACUCCUGGAUGUGGAUGGUGGGGGUCAGCUGACGCAGCAUGAAUUUGUGGAGGGCUUGCU